UUGAUAAAUAAUUUCUUCUUUCUAUAGUUUAUUUGGGCUAUUUUUAGCAUAACCAAAUGAUUGAAAAUAACAGUACAUGUUAGCCAAACAAUUGAAAAUAACAGUAUGAAGGAAUGGAGCGGAAAUGAUGGGUGAAUAAACAGCACUGCCUAGAACAACGCCCAUCGGAAUUGUCAAGACCGAAGUAGCCGUCCGUGUACAUUGCUACCACAAUUUCGCAGUUUAGUCGUGAAAAGGAAGCGGAUCGUGCCGCACUCUCGGCAAUUCUCGUUUCGCGUUAUUAUCGCAGUAUUCGUCGAUGUCAAUCAACCUGCUGUGAUUUUAUAUUGAAAAUACCGACUAAUAUAUCGAGAAUAUCGACUAUUGUACAACAUGGGUGUGUGUAAAAUAGCCAAAUGGUUCAAGUUGAAAUCAAGGACCUUAAGAUUGACAAACCUAAUUUAAAAGUCAGUGUGGUAUCACAGCUAUCACGAUACAUUGCUUCGCGAAUUGUGCACUAUGAAGAAACUAUUGCCGUUCAAAUGGGCCAAAAAAACUGCGCGAUCGGAGAGGGGUGUACAGUCUGCAUUGCAAGGUAGCAAUGAAUAUUAUCGAAAUCUAUUACAACAAUUUACAAGUAGCUGCCACACACCGAACGGAGACAUCAAUGACCCGGGUUGGAUUAUUUAUCGUCCUAAAGAACAAAACGCCAACCAAUCGUCUAAAAAAGGCAAUGAAAAAUCGCAGGAACAAUCGCAGUUUAUAUCAGGUGUACCACAUAUACAGACUUCGGAAAUAUUCGAAAUCGGAAAUAUGGUGGGCACUGAAAGUCAAUUUCUCGAAUUAGUGUCCGCAGAAUGGCACAAUAUGAAAGUGACGCUGAAGAGAAGUAUCUUUCCAUCAUGCCAAGAUGCAAUAAAGAGAGAGGUAGAAGUUCUUAGGGAAAUUCGCCACCCUAAUAUACUGUUAUUGAUGGGAACAACCCAUACAAUUACGCAGGAGAUUGUCUCCAUAUUCGAAUCUGUCGACUGCACAUUAUAUAAUUAUAUACAUGAGCGAGGCGAACGACUGAAUACACAAGUAAUCAUGCAAGUCGGCAUGAAAUUGGCGGAUAUAUUAAAAUAUUGCCAUAUGCGCGGAUAUAUACACACAGCAGUCAGUUCACGUUGUGUUUACUUUACUUCCAACAACAAUGUCAAACUUGGUGGAUGGGAAAUGGCUGUAGAAAUGGGAAUUAGUUAUCAAUUUCGCGAAUACGAAAAAUAUUUGCGAUUAGAGAACUUGAAAUGGGAACCACCAGGAAUUUGUUAUGGAGAAUAUCAUAAUAAAAAAGUCGAUAUUUAUGGCUUGAUGUUGUUACUUUGGGAAAUGUGCACAGGAUGUGUGCCACGGAACGGAUAUAAUCGCAAUGUAGAACGACAUUUCAUGAUACGCAAACAUGAUAUUAUGGUUAGUUUGCAAAAUGUUCCACCAAUUCUUCAUGAUUUAUUAGAAACUGGAUUACAUCCAGAUGAGACGAAAAUGACAUUGGACAUGGAUAAAAUUGGAAGGAGACUUCAUAGACUACUGAUGAUAUGUGAAGAAGAAGAAAAGAAUAACGUAUAUAUGAGUAAAUGUGAAGGAAACAACAAUAAUGAUCUUUUGUAUGAUGAUAAUAAUGCUUUACGUAAAAAGACUUUUAGUGUGUUUCCUAUACAAAAUAAGACGUUGAACAAAAAACCAAUUGCCAAAUCGCAUUGCCCCAUGAUAGAGACAAAACCCUCCUCCAAUCAAUUUCUCAAGUUUAAGAAAAAAUAUAAUGAGGAUUUAGAUUCUAAAAAUAAUGUUAAAAACACAGAUGAAUUUGUUGAUGAUAGCAUCGUGAGUUCUAUGAUUAAAGUAACAGCUUCCACUCCUUGUACUCGUUGCUCAGAAAUUUCAAAUAUGAUGUACAAUAUGGACGAGGUAAAUGACGCACGAGCUAAUAUAAAACGAUUGAAAGAACUAAUAGCCAGUAAAAGAGAAGAUUUCUUUUUUGGAAACGAUUCAAUGUUAUCUUCUUAUUCAAAUCCAAAAGCUACAAGUACAUUAUUAUCAGAAGAAAGAAGUCCCAAUUGUAUAACAUGUAAACCAGCAAAUCACACAAUUACUUUAGAACCUAAAUGUAAUAAGUCACCUAAUGAAUAUAAUGGGACUACUCCGAAAUCGUCAUACAUGUUUCAGCGAAAGACACCGUAUCCGAGCAUGCCUGCAAGUAUUAAGCAUGCAAUAAUACAACCUCGGGUUUUACAUUCAGAUGCUAAAAGUUUUUACGAAUCGACACUAUGGAGGAAAGAAAAGGAAAUUUGUUUAUCACGAAUGGCUCGCGACAGUGAAGAGCAGACAGAAGAUUUAUCAUUGCUACAACAAUCAAAUUAUAAUGAUACCCCUAUCACUGACGAUGAUAAAGCACAAUAUUCCAAAACAGACUUGACAAAUACUGAUGCUACAUACACUGUUGAGUUUAAGGAAAAAGGUGAUUAUACCAAAGAUAAUAAAGAGUCACCCUUAAAUGUAGAAAGUGAUUAUCCAUCAACAAAAGUUCCAACUUUUUCAAAUAAAUCCAUACAAAACUUGAAGGAUGCCCUUGAUCGUGCUACAGAAAUAGUGCAUUUGGUAACACCAUCAAAAAUUCAUAAUCCCGAACUCGAUUGGACUAACAAACAAGAAUUAAAAACAGUAUUCAACUUGUAUGAAACAACAUAUGAUAACAACCAAAAUAUCACAGUUAAAGAAAAAUGGACGCCUAGCAACAGCAAUUUCUUGGAGAUAGAUAACAUUAAAAACACAGGAAAUAAUAUCGAAGCCGCCAUAAGACAUGAAGAAAUUUUCAAUCAAGCUUUCAUAAAAAAUGAAACAUUCAGUUCCACAAAUACGAAAACAUCAAAUGAAUCUCAAAUAUCAACACGAGAACGACAAUCGACCAAUUUGCAAAACACUGAUCAAAAUAAUGUGGCCAUUACAAAUAAGAUUAUAUCAAAUCCGCAACAAACUAAAGUAGAUUCUACAAACACACAUGAGAUGAAAUAUGUCAAUGUAGAUACUAUCACGAAUAGUAUUAUAAUAAAAGAUUCACCAAGAAGACGUUCUUUACCUGCAAGAUUGAAUACUUUAAUAAUGUCUAUUCCAAAAAUUACUUGCCAAAGAAAUAUGCCAAGCAGUCAAUAUUUGACCGAGGAUAUAUAUAUUGAUGAUGAAUUCGGCAGUAGAUUAAAUUAUAAUCUAGUUCUUUUAGACGACGAGUUGCAUUUACUAAAUACUGCUUUAAGUGACAAUGAAAGUCUACCUCAGACUACAGAGUUAUAAAUUAUACUAGACUCGACUUGUUGAUUCAUUCGCACAUAUAUAAAAAAAAUCAUCAUUCUUUUUAAAUAAAUAAUGUUUAUUUACCUGCCAUUUUGAUAACAAGAUCAAUGCAAAUUUUUGUUUUAUAUCAUUUUGACGAUAUGAUUUUAAUGCGAAGAAUUUAACAAGAGUCACUUAUUUCUUAUUAUUUAUUUAUG